AUGUGUACGAAGAGGUUGAAUAUCGUCGUGGCUGCUUGUAAAAACAAUGGUAUCGGCGUUAACGGUAGUAUACCAUGGCGUUUGAAAAAGGAUAUGGCGAUGUUUAGGCAUAUAACAUCUGAUACAGUAGAUGAAUCCAAACAGAAUGCUGUGAUAAUGGGUAGAAAGACAUGGAUGUCAAUACCAGACAAAUUUAGACCAUUGAAAAAUAGGGUCAAUAUCAUUUUAAGUAACACGCUAUCAGAAAGCCCAGAUGGGACAUAUAUUGUUAAGAAUUUUCAACAAGCUUUAUCUUUGGUCAAUUCGGACAAAAUGAAACAACAAAUUGAAUCGGUUCAUAUAAUUGGGGGAAGUAGUGUUUAUAAAGAGGCCAUGGAAUCUGACUACGAUUGUCGUGUAUAUCUGACCAAAGUAGAUGCUGAUUUUGAAUGUGACACCUUUUUACCACCAAUCGAAGAAAGUCUCUUUCAACGUGUUAAAAAUCCAUCUAAUAUCCCUUCUGAUGUUCAAGAAGAAAAUGGUAUCCAGUUUACAUAUGAAAUUUAUGACAAGACCACAGACCAGAGCGAUAGAGAAUCGCCCGUUUCACGAUAA